UUCAAGGUAUACGGACGUGCUUUUUAAUUCGCUCCGUGAAAUCUGAUUUCUUACAAAAGUAAACAAACAAAAAGUAAAAAGCAACGGUUAAAUUGUCAACACACAAUUAAAUAAAAAAACAGUGUACACAAAUUACUACAAUAAACAUAAACAAAUAGUGCACAAAACAAAAAUAUAAAAACAAUAUCAAAUAAACAAUAAUGAGCGCUGUGCAGCCUCACCAGCAAAGCCGUAGGCAUUCAUUAAAUGCCUACUUCAGCUUUGUGGAGCCAACACAAACAACUCCAGCCAACAAAAAGAGCAACGGCGGUGAUGAGUCAUCGCAGCGAUCAGCUGAAAUGGAAUCGAAGCAAAGGUUGCAGCCAACAGAAGCAGCAGUAAACAGCAAUCGCGCAACAACAAAUGCGCUGACAGCGACAAGUAUGCAGGUACCAGCAAGCACCCGGAUAACGAAGGAAAAGAAAAAGGAACAUGAAUCACUUCAGAGAAAUAUUGGUCACCGCAUAACGCCUUUUUUGGGAGGUGUUCCUGGAUAUCUGCUGAACUAUACUCUUUGAGAACUCAAGUAGCAUUACACAGUUGGAACCUUCAAAUGUCGACGUUUCUUUCCAAACAAGAAAAGUAAAUUUCCUUCUAGUUUAGUUUUUUUUUCAUUUUAUAAUACUUCAUUAACCUCCCACUCCAUUUUUGUACAACCUUUAUCUACAAACAUUCGAAAAGGGUUUGCAUUGGCGCUACAAUAAACUUUUCAACAAUCAAUUUUCCAUUCAUUUCAAUGAAAAAGUAUGUAGUUUGUUGUCAAAGCUCUAACGCCAUUUAAUAUUGUUGACCAGCCUUAUCAGCAGUUCUUAUUUCUAAGAUUUUGUUCAACAUAUUUACUUCUUAUUCAAAAUUAGUGUAUAAGCCUAAAAACAAAUAGAAUAUUCAAGACAACUUACCAUUAGCAAAGUGUUAACCCAUUGAUUUUUAAUAAAUAUAAUUUUUUUAUAAAAAAUUGCUUUUGAUUGUUCUUUCCAGCUUAAUUGUGAUUCUGAUGUCACAAAAGGCGAAUACUCAGGCGUUUCUUUGUCCAAACUCAUGCCAUCCACAACGUCAAUU